AUAGCAACAAAAUAUAACAAAGUUGUCUUCACAAACUCACAGUGCCACCGUUUUCUUAGUUUGAUUGACAGGUAGGUACACAAACAUUAAUAUAAAUAAUUACAUAAAUGAUAAUUUUAAGUGAUAAUAAUCUAGAACAUGAUAGCAUACAUAGAAAUAUUUGUUACUAAGUAGGUAUUUAGUGAGUGCUCGUGUCUGUUUGGAGAUCUUAAUAUUUAGGAAAUGUUAAGUGUAUACUGAUAUAAUAAUUUUAAUACCAGAAAACAAUAAACUGUUUCAAAUAUCUAUGGAAACAUAUAUUUUUGGAUCCAAGUGAUAAUUGUAAACAAGCAUGGAAGCUAUGAAAGUGGUUAAACAUGAAAAUUUUAUACCAAUCAACAUACCUACAGAACCAAUAAAAAAAGAAAGAACACUUGUGAGGGUUUUACGUGCAUCCUGCCUGAUUCCACAACGCUAUGUAUUUGCUAUCAUAGGACUGCUUGGGAUAAGCAAUGCGUUUACAAUGCGUGUGAGUUUGAAUAUAGCAAUAACUCAAAUGGUGAAUCGAACUAAGAAUUUUACAGAUCACAUUGAUCCUGAUGCAUGUCCUAGUGAUGAAAUGCUUGGUAUUGUAAGCAAUAAUACUAAGCCGUAUGCCAUUUAUGACUGGGAUGAAGAAACACAAGGUUUUCUUUUAAGUGGUUUUUACUAUGGAUACGUGACAACGCAAGUAUUGGGAGGUUUCUUAGCAGAAAGAUACGGUGGCAAAUGGGUACUAGGCGUUGCACUACUGAGCACUGCUCUGUUCACAUUUCUGACUCCUUUUACCAUUAGAACUGGAGGCGUAACUUGGCUCUUUAUUCUUAGAGUUCUUGAGGGUAUGAGCGAGGGCCCUGCUAUGCCCAGUCUAAUGAACAUGAUGGCGCGAUGGUGUCCAACUCAAGAGAGAGCGCUUAUAUCAGCAAUCCUUUUCGGGGGUGGACAAAUGGGUAACGUUUUAGGCCCAUUAUUGUCUGGCCUCAUAUUAGAUGGUGGUAGAGAUUGGGCUUAUGUAUUUUAUUUCUUUGGAGGUUGUGGUGUGCUGUGGUUCAUUUUCUGGAGCGUUUUGUGCUUCAGUGAACCCAACUCACAUCCGUACAUUUCUAAGAAGGAAUUAGAUUAUCUGAAUAAAAGUGUUGAUAAAGCUAAAAGUAACAUAAAGAAAGAUCCGGUACCUUGGAAGGCAAUUUUGAGAUCACCACCUGCGUGGGCUUUACUUGCAGCUAAUGUGGGCCAUGAUUGGGGUCUCUACACCAUGAUAUCAGAUCUGCCUAAGUACUCGCACGACGUUUUAAGAUUUAACAUAACAACUACUGGUAUUCUUACGGGAUUACCCUACAUAGCCAUCACAACUUGUUCCUUCAUUUUUGGAAUGAUGAGUGAUUGGUGUAUUAAAAAUGGAUGGCAUAGUAUCAAAACCGGACGAAUGAUUUACACGACCAUAGCUACAACUGGCCCAGGAGUUUGCAUUAUUUUAGCAUCAUACGCUGGUUGCAAUCGAAAUGCGGCAAUUGUUUAUUUUAUUUUAUCAAUGGGGCUUAUGGGUGGAUUUUAUUGUGGGAUGAAGAUAAAUACUUUGGAUCUGGCACCUAACUACGCUGGUUCCUUGACAUCAUUUGUGAAUACUACAUCUACUAUCGCAGGCAUUAUCACACCCUAUUUAAUAGGACUGCUAACACCUGAUUCGACAUUAGUACAAUGGAGGACAGCAUUUUGGGUUUGUUUUGCAGUUCUUGUUUUCACAAACAUAAUAUACUGUGCCUGGACAGAAGGAGAACAGCAGUGGUGGGAUGAUGUUAGACGUCUAGGAUACCCUUCUGGAUGGAAACACGGGCCAAUCAUCAAAGAAGAUCUGACACCAACGACGGAUGAAUCAGAAUACAUGGAAUUGACUAAGAAGUUGAGUUCAGAAAUUAAUUAACAUGCCACAGAUAUGGACAAUUGGACAAGAUAAGGAGUGCCAUACAAAAUAACAAAUUUUUUGUGCCGAUUUGAAGUGCCUCACCGAGCAUAGCAGAAAUUAAAAUUGAUAUCAUGUUGACAGAUGUCUCAUCACUAACAUUUAGCUAACCGGACCCUCACUGCUGUUUUCAGCGCCAAAAUGGCGAUAAUUAAGUCGGCAAUAGCAAGUCCAGCGUAGCUACCUACUGGUAUUAGUAGAGGUCAGUGUUAAAAGCGCGCUCUGAAAGGCCAUUAUGGAUAAUAUGAAACGAUGUCAAAACAAAACCUUAUUCUUUGUAA